AUGUUUUCAGAAUACGCCUCUCGGUUUCUUGCUCAGUCACAGUCACGAAUAGGCCCUCGUCCUGACGAGGUGCGUAACGAUCCCCGUCCCAAGCAGCACCAUGGGAGGUCUCGUUUUCCGAUUUCCCGUCCAGUCCUACCUAGAACGGCUCUCGACCCUUAUCAACCCACCUCUUCCCAGAUCUCCAACCUUCCUUUUGGGUCCCGGAGUCUGGCUCGACCUGCGCCUCUUUUUUAUAGUGCCACAGAUGACUUUCGGGAAGAGGAUGACGAGACGGAGCGUGAUAGGGAAAUAGCUGACUUCUAUGCCCUACAACGAUCUCGACGACAGUUUGGAGGCAGUCGCCUAAAGGAUUCCUCGGAGAUGGAUGACGAUGACGAUUACGAUGACGAUGACGACGGCGAUAACGUCAGCCGGUCUGGUGAUGUCGGUCACAUUGUUCCCAGAAGAAGCAAAGGAAUCAGGAGCUCGUGGCGGGAUGGUACGUCGACUCAUGGCGCACGCAGUGGGAUUCCAAACACUGCCGUUCCGGACCCAGUUGCCCCUAGUCAUAAGGGGAGAGAGGACCUGUUCGAUGUCCGCCUCGAGGACACUGUACGAUCAGUUAUUGACUUCGACAAGCCCAAUUCUGAAAUAGGCGAUGACGACCCUCCAUCUGUUCAGCGAUUCAGGGAGCAGCCCGAGUCGCCGGGAGGGAAUUUCGGGAUAGACUCGUCUGUCUUACCAGCGGGCACAGGCAAGCAAUCCUGGAUGGAAACACCACGACAAGCGGGCCUCUCAGAUCCCAACCGGAUGUCAAUUCCCAGAGAAGUGGCGGGAUUACCAGCUCAUGAUGUCUUUUGGGGUCAGCUCUUCUUGAUAUCGCUGGCCUGUCUACUUGCAACCGCGUUUCUUGUUUAUCUCCAUACUUCUGCCCCGUCCGGAGACAAGUCAAAGUGGGGCGACACGGUAUAUUUAACUGUUCAUGGCUCUUUCUCCCUUCUUGGGGCCUAUACCGUUGUCUCAAUAUUCGUGUCACUGCUCUGGCUCGCUUUACUUCGUUCCUACGUGCGUCCACUUGUAUAUGUGAUUAUGUUUGCCGUCCCUGUGAUCUUGUACUCGUUCUCUAUCUACCCGUUUAUCUCAAGCUUCAAAGGCGCCUGGCAUGGCACUAGCAUUCAGGACAGGGUGAUGAGAUUCGGAUCUCUCAUUCCGUUCCUCCUGGGAAGUCUGUGGACGUACAAUGUGAUACGAGGUCGUUAUGCUAUAGGCAAGGCCAUAGGUAUCCUGGAAUUUGCAUGUCGGAUACUUGCUGCAAACACGGAACUGCUGGCCCUUGGCCUCGGCAUUCUCACCUUCAUUGUGUCAUGGACCUGGGUGUGGAUGCUCAUGUUCACCCGGGUAUUCUUGGGUGGGCAUGUCUCGGAGUCAAAAAAUUUUAUCAUCAAUAUCAGCAGCUGGUGGUUGGCAAUCUAUUUCAUCAUUGUUUACAUAUGGUCACUGGGCGUGGUUGGUGGCAUACAGCGUGCGGUCACGGCAGCAACAGUGAGCCAGUGGUACUUCCACCGUCUCGCAAAUCCUGCCCCGACGUCUAGGCAGGUCGUCCAGGCGGCCACUGUGCAUUCUUCCACAACGCUAUUCGGCACGAUCUGCUUGUCCAGACUGAUUGCCCUCUUAGUUCGGCUACCUCUUAUCUUGCUGCCAAGUCGCAUCGCCUCAUUCUUGAGCUUGCUCGCUUAUUCACUUGUUCCUACUCCCCUAGCAGCUCUCUCAGACCCCCUAGCACUUACUUAUGGGGCAAUUCAUUCACAGCCGCUUAAUGCGUCUGCUCGUGGUCUCAGUCGAAUGAAAAUUCUCUCAUCGCCCAUAUCGACACCGUCACUACGUCCGUCAUCUUGGUCGCAUGAUGGCCUUGCCCCUCUCCUCCCAUACCGACUGUCAAAGCUCAUCCUACACGCUGCUCGCCUCAUGAUGUCUUUAGCACUUGGGUUUGGGGGCUGGGUAUCUGCCGCUAGAAACCUGGGCGUACCCGCUGUCAGCAGCAUAGGCCGGGGAAGCGUGUAUGCCUACGUGGUUGGUCUCAUUGCAGGAACGAUUGGCUGGAGCGUGCUAGGGACAAUUGAAGGCAUUAUUGCUGACAUAGUCGAUGCCUCCAUCAUUUGCUGGGGCAGUGAGGUUGGAAUCCACGGUAGAGAAGCUAGGUAUUGCCGAGAAGCUGGCUGGCUCUUCGGCGAUGAACCAAAUCCACGCACAGGAUAUGCACGGGAUUUUGUAGAAGCUUAG